AUGCCCUCCCAACAGACCACAGACCCCUCUCCCGCCCGGGGCAGCCCAACCCUGAGGGAGAUGGAGCCCAAGGACCAGCAGCUCAUGGUGGCGCUUCGGAUCCGCCCACUCAACAGUACAGAACUGGAGGAAGGAGCCACUGUCAUCGCCCACAAAGUGGGGGACCAGGUGGUUGUGCUCACGGACCCAGGAGAAGUCCCGGAGGACCCUCUGCGAGCACACCGGUCCCGGGAGCGGACCUUCAUAUUUGAUAUCGUGUUCGACCAGCAAGCAUCUCAGGAAACUGUCUACUGUGCCACCAUCCAGCAUUUAGUGGGAGGCGUCAUCUCUGGAUACAAUGCGACGGUUUUUGCCUAUGGCCCCUCAGGUGCUGGGAAGACUCACACCAUGCUGGGCAUGGAUGCAGAGCCAGGCAUCUACCUGCAGACCCUCACUGACCUCUUCCAAGCCAUCGAGGAGACCCAGGACAACAUGGAAUAUAGUGUGUCUAUGUCUUACCUGGAGAUUUAUAAUGAAGUGAUCCGUGACCUCCUGAAUCCAUCCUCUGGGUUUCUGGAGUUGAGAGAAGAUUCUAGAGGCAGCAUCCAGAUUGCAGGCAUCACAGAAGUAUCUACCUCAAAUGCACAGGAGAUCAUGCAACUGCUCAGCAAAGGUAACCGGCAGCGCACCCAGGAGCCCACAGCUACCAACAAGACGUCAUCCCGUUCCCACGCGGUGCUGCAGGUUACCGUGCACCAGAGAAGGCGAGGCGGAGACCUGGCUGAGGAGGUGCGCCUCGGCAGGCUCUUCAUGGUGGACCUGGCAGGCUCGGAGCGCGCGGCCCAGACUCAGAACCAGGGCAAGCGGAUGAAGGAGGGUGCGCACAUCAACCGCUCGCUGCUGGCCCUGGGCAACUGCAUCAACGCGCUCAGCGAGAAGGGCGGAAGCAGAACCCAAUACGUGAACUUCCGUGACAGCAAGCUCACACGCCUGCUGAAGGAUGCCCUGGGAGGCAACAGCCGCACAGUGAUGAUCGCCCACAUCAGCCCGGCCAGCACCAGCUUCGAGGAGUCGAGAACCACACUGCUCUAUGCCUACAGGGCAAAGAACAUCAAGACCAGGGUCAAGCGCAACCUGCUGAACGUCUCCUAUCGCAUCGCGCAAUACACUGAUGUCAUCUCCGACCUGCGCAGGGAAAUCGAGCACCUCAAGUCCAAGAUCGAGAAGCAGGAUAAGAAGAAAAGUGACCCCAGUGUUCUGGAUGUCCAAGUCACAGUCCCCCACGACACAGAGGAGGACAGUCGCCUACAGAUGAACAAGAUCCGGGCACAGCUGAUCGGGGCUUUCAAGGAGCAGAUGGCAAUGCGGCGCAGCCUGGUGGAGCUGGAGAAUACCAGCAUUGAGCUGCACAUAGACAUGUCGCGCCACCUGCUGACCAUUGCAGACUGGGAGCGGGAGAAGACCCACCACCACUCGGAUGUGGACAGCGGUGGCCAGGACAAGGAGCCCGUGGAUGCCGAUGGAGAGGAAGCUGAGGCUUCCGAGCCCCCGGAGGUGGCUCUGGCCAGAGAAGAGGUGAACUUACUCUUGGCUGAACAGCAGAAAACAGCAGCCCUCAAGGCUGGGCUAGAGCAGCGACUGGCCCAUGCCAAGCAGAAGGCCUCACAGAUGGAGAAGCUGCUACCCAGGCAGGUGACCAGUGAGGACCAGCGGGAGGUCCUGCAGCUGCUGUGCAGGGCUCACGAGCUGGAGGUGGAGAACACGGAGCUUCAGGCUGACAACCUAUGCCGCAAGAACCUGCUGUGCCAGAAGGACUUCGUGAUCCAGCGCUAUCACCAGCACCGGCUGCUGUGUGAACAGGUCAUCCAGGGGCAGCGACAGCUGAUGCAGGCCAGUGGCAUCUCAGCCCCGGAGCCUCUGGAGCAGCAGUACCGACUCUACUCCCGGGAGCUGGGCGAAGGCACUUUGGACCACCUGCUGCUGCAGCUCUCGGUCAUGUCCAGCUCUCUCCAAGAUGGCCCCAUUAUGAAUGUGUCACCCCCAGCGACUGAGGAGACCAGUGGAGAGCCUCUGGGUGACAGGAGGGAGCUCCCGUGGGGUGCCACAUUUGAGCUGCCUCAGAUGCUCCUAGAGAGAGAGAGUGAUGGGAACAAGUCCUCAAAAAGCACUCCCUUGCGAAGGCUUGGAAAGCAAGACUCUCUUCUCCCUCCUCCAGCCCUCCGCAUCUUGCUGACACCCCCCAUGCUUGAGAAGCCGAAUGUCCUAGGCGCCAAGAGCCUAAUGUCCAGGCUGCAGCCCACGGAGCUGAGGACCCCACAGCCAGUCGGGGAGAUGAGCAGCCCACCUCUGAGUGCCCAGGCCCUCAAGGAGAUGGCCCUGGGUACGAAGAGCAUCACUCUCAUAGCAGCCAGCCGGCGCUGCAAGGUGUACGACAGGGAGGGCGGCUGCCUGGACUCCAGGGACCCUAGCCCUGCAGACUGGAGGUGGCCCCAUGCCAGCCCCAGCAGGGACCGCUCUCUGGAUAGGAAGGCAGGGAGGAAGCGGUCACCCUCGUUCACCUGGAGCCUGCAACAAACGCUGGAGAAACAUCAGCCCUCUGUGGACCAUCCGUCCGAGAGCCAGCUGUCCCCGGCACACCUCCAGCCACCAAAGCCGGCAGGGAAGAGCUUUUUCCCUGCUGUCCCUGUGGCCUCCAAGAUGAAACCCAGUCCCAGUUUUCACACGGAUGAAAGCAUUCUCCAAGUGCCUGAGGUCAGUUUCACCUUCCCCAGCGCCAUGUGGCAAAGCGGUGCGGCCCCAAGCCGGCCUCCCCUCCUGCCGCGUGACAUCCGAGGGUCUACAGACAGCAGAGGCCGGCGUCAAAGCCCACUGCCCCCCAACAAUCCCUCCAAACUCCAGGGUGGCAGUGCCAAGAGGCCAAGGCGUCCUAAGUAGACGGCAACAGGAGACAGCCACUGGGAAGGCCAAGAGUCCAGCGGGCAGCGACACCCAACGAGAGAUGGAGAAGUUGAGCAGGACUCGGGGGUCACCUCACAUGGCUAAGGACCUGUCCGAGACCCCGAGUUGACUUCGGGCCUUCCUGGCUGAUCACAGUUGCUGAGGAUGCUCCUGGGGCCACUCCACAUCCCUGGAUGCCGAUGAUUGACAGCCCCUGGCUCACUCCCAGACUGUAGGGGUCCCAGAGGGAGGUCUGAGCAGCCACAGAAAGGGUGGGAGAAUGUGUCCCCACUAAUCUCUGACAGGCUGCAAGUGGCCAUCUGGGGAAUCCAGCAUGGAGAGGCAAGAUUGCUGUUCUCCUGAUACCCAUCUGUCCCUACACGCUCCCACAAGCUUCCCAAAGCCGGAGCCAUGCUCAUGAGGGAGCUGCUGAUGAGAGACGACAGGUACCAGGCAGAGUGUGCUUGGCUUUCACUGGGACCUGCAUGGGAGGACUUAAGGGCUUAGGAAUCCGGGCUUACUUGCUUAUUCAUUCGUUUGUUUAUUUGACAGAGGGUCUCAUGUAGCUCAGGCUGGCCUUGAAAUUGCAAUGGAGCUGAGGAUGACCUUAAACCUUGAUCCUACUGCCUUCCUGCCUUAACCUCUGAGAUUAUAGGCAUGGGCCACCAUGCCUGUUAUGUGGUGCUGGGGAUGGAGCCCAGGACCUGGGUCCUGCUAGCCCAGCACCCUAACACCUGCCUCUCUCCCCAGGCCUUCUGUCUGCUCCCCCUUUGUCCUGUUUUCUCAAGACAGGGUUUCUCUGUGUAGCCCUGGCUGUCCUGAAACUCACUCUGUAGACCAGGCAGGCCUCGAACGCAGAGAGAUUAGCCUGCCUCUGCCUCUUGAGUGCUGGGAUUAAAGGCG